UAAUGAAAUAACGAAAAAAAAAAGGAUUGCAAGAGUAAGUAAACAACUAAAUAAAUCUUAACCCGAUGAUCGAACAGAACAGAUGCUGAUGACAGCCGGGAUCUUCAGCCUGCCGGAUAUAAAACAGAUGCUGCACAUCCUCCAAAACAUCUCACCACGUCUGAAAAGACAAACAAAAACAAACAGGCGCUCCGCCGUGUGAGCGCGGCUGAUCCAUCUGAUCCAUGUGAAUGUGCGCAACGGGGGCUGAAAAGCGCCGAUCUGUCUUCCUGCUCCUGUUUUUUUUCUUUUUUCUUUUUUACGCAGCGACGCCGCGAGCCUCUCUCACCUUGAUGAUCUCCUAUCAUCUCCUCCCUCCCUAAAAAAACAAAACAACCGGCUCCAGCGAAAAGCUCCAGGACCUCCAGUCCUCAUCUCGGCCUGAGUAAGACUCUGUCUAAAGUCUUACUCCCGCUGACUUUGGCAAGAUCGGCUGUCGGAGGGGAAACACUUGGUUUUGAGCGCUGCAACACUGACCUCCAGUGAAGUGGAUGCUUGUUGUAAGAAAAAGAGGAGAUCUGCUUCUGGGGAUUUGUUAAGAGUGUGGCUGUUUUUACAGUUAUUAUUAGCGUUCAUGUAAAAUUUUGGACAUGUUUUUUUUUUUUUUUUAGUUAAAAUGUGCAAUUUGAGGGAAAUUUAGCGUUUAUUUCGUGUCACAAACGGAAAAUCAAUGUGCGGAGGGAGGGGCGGCGGCUGAGGUUUUUUUUUUUUUUUUAUGAGAACACAUGGGGCAUUAUUGGGAGCGAGAGCGCACCGUGCUGCAGGAGGCAGAGCUGCGGCUGGACGCUGCUCAGCGCCUCACGAGCCGGAGGAGGCAUGGCACGCGCUGCACGCGUCCUCCAACAUGCAGCGGACACGUCCUCUCAACGCGCGUUAUCCUCCGAUGAGGCGGACAGUCAGAGCUGCACGCUGCGCCCUAACCGGGGGUCUACUGGCGCGCGCCUGUCUCGUCAGAUUUGGUAGACCUGCGUCGGAGCCGUGCGUUACUGAUGGACUCCCGUGUUGCUAGAGGAGCUGGACGGUGAGUUGAUCCCGGCCGUUCACCCAGCAUGGAGUCACAGAACGCCAGCGGGAUGGACGCGUUCACGGUGGUCCAGCUGAAUUCCUCCUGGAGCCCCGACAGCGGCUACUCUCUGGCCGCGAUAGCCGGCAUCGCCGCUCUCGUAAGUUUUCUGAUUCUUUUCACCGUAGUUGGGAACAUUCUGGUGGUCAUCGCCGUGCUAACGAGCAGGGCGCUGAAAGCCCCCCAGAACCUGUUCCUGGUGUCUCUGGCCACCGCGGACGUCCUGGUCGCCACUCUGGUGAUGCCCUUCUCUCUGGCCAAUGAACUCAUGGGCUACUGGUAUUUCGGGAAAGUUUGGUGUGGCAUCUAUCUGGCUUUGGACGUGCUGUUCUGCACCUCCUCCAUCGUGCACCUGUGCGCAAUCAGCCUGGACCGGUACUGGUCCGUUACGCAGGCUGUCGAGUACAACUUGAAGCGGACUCCGAAGCGCAUCAAGUGCAUCAUCCUGAUCGUGUGGCUGAUCUCUGCCUUCAUCUCCUCCCCUCCGCUCAUGUCUGUCGACAGCAACAAGGAGCUCGGCUCUCAGCCUCAGUGCGAGCUGAACGACGACACCUGGUACAUCCUCUCCUCCAGCACUGCCUCCUUCUUCGCGCCCUGCUUGAUAAUGAUCCUGGUGUACAUCAGGAUAUACCAGGUGGCCAAAACCAGAACCAGGAGUGUGUCGGGGAAGAACCCCAGACCGGAUGGCGUCACACAAACUGAGAACGGACUGAGCAAGCCGUCUUCGCCUUUCCACGGGGAGGGGGAGAACGGCCACUGCCAGUGCCCUCCCACACCCAGCCAACGCACAGUCACCACGGGUCCACAGACUGAGGAGGCCGACAUGGAGGAGAGCUCCUCCUCUGAGGGCAAAGGUCACAAACCCCACUCCCAGAGAGCCCCUGUGGGUGGCCAGAAGAAAAGCUCUCUCCCAAUUCGCAUCUCCGGGGUCAGCAACAAGUCCGUGGACCUCUUCGUCUCCAGGAGGAAGUGUCGCCGGAGCUCGUUCGCCAGGAAGAAGGUCUCCCAGGCGCGAGAGAAGAGGUUUACGUUCGUCCUGGCUGUGGUCAUGGGGGUGUUCGUGGUGUGCUGGUUCCCCUUUUUCUUCAGCUACAGCCUGUACGGGAUUUGCGGAGACUCGUGUAAGAUCCCCCUCCCGCUGUUCAAGUUCUUCUUCUGGAUCGGCUACUGCAACAGUUCCCUCAACCCGGCCAUUUACACCAUCUUCAACCGGGACUUCAGGCGUGCCUUUCAGAAAAUCCUCUGCAAGUCGUGGAAGAAGUCCUUCUAGGCCUGAAAGGGAAAACCUGUUGGAUUGUGUUUUGCUCUUCGUUAAAUCUUAUUGUCCAGUAUCGCGUCUUUCAUGGAAGUGCACACCCUGAACUGGCUGCAGGAGCGACAUGCUGUAUAUUUUCAUCACUCUUAACAGAACUUCCUGAUCUGAUUAUUGAGUGGAGCCGUCCUUUAUGUCUGAGCUGUAAUGCUGUAGAGGGGUAUUUUCAAUACAACCCCACCACCACCCCACCCCUCUAAAUCCAGAAAAGAUAACAUUAUGUGGCAGCUAAAAGGUAAAAUAAGUAGAUAACAAGCCACAAGUCAUUUUCAGUUUGUGCUUUUGUUUUGGAGCUCCCCCAUUUUUGCCUAUUGUUAUUAAAUCAUCCCAACAGUUUUAUUCAAGGCUUUAAUUAAGGAGUGCAAAAAUGCAUGAAGGAAGCACAAAGUGAUUAUCCUCAUUAAGACAGCGACACUUUAAAGAACAACUUGACGUUUUGGGAAGUGUAGUUUAUAACUUAGUGUCUGAUAAAUGAGGUAUAACCAGUGGUCAAGUGUGUUGCAAGAAAAAUAGAAGCAACAGGUUGUUUUGUUUUAGCAUUAACCAGAUUCCCAUAUGUUACACAAUUUGGUCAAUCUGAGGAAAGUGUUAAAACAAUUUGUCAAUUUGUCAUUACAGGGAUGUUGGAUUUUGUUGUGAAGUAACAAGUGGGGUCAAUCCCUAAUGUUAAGCUUCAUGUUUUGAACAGCAAAUGAGGUUUACUGUGCUAAGAAAUGCUUGUUGAAAAAGCCUUUCCAUCACAUGCUAUUUUUUUCUAAUAUAUGACUAAAUAAAUCUAAAACCUUCUCAAGAGAGCAGAUAAUACCUCUACAAAUCGAAAAAGUUUAAAGGACUAAUCUCACAUUUUUUUUGAUGGGAGGUUCUGUGAAGAUGUUAUUAGCAGACAAUAUCUUACCUGCAUUAAACAAUUCUCCUUCAGUCUUCGGUUAUUUUAAAUCUAGAUAAUCAGGAUGAAGCAGCUGAGACUUUUAAGACGACCACGAUCUCAAAAAUGUCACAACAACCUACAGCGCAGUUAUUUACAACAGAGCAAAUCAUUAUUUACAGUAAAAAGAGAUGUGGAAGUAAAGAUUUGUAAAUAUUUCUAACUUUUACACUGCUGCACUUUAAUGUCACACAGUUGCACUUUAUUCUUUUUCGCAGUGUAUUUUGUCCAAGGAGAUCAUUGGCGGCGCCAACCUCUGUUUCUUACAUGUAGAUAUUUGUCGUUGCAAGUAGAAGUAAAAUCCAAUGAAAGCGUGGCGGCUCAAGGGUCAACAAAAUGCACCUUUUAAGAAUUUAUUUGAUGUUUUUGAGAUUGAUGUUAAUCAAAGACGGCAAAACUUUGGUGUAGGACAGCCAUCUCUGACUCCAGGCCUCAUUUUAUUCAGGGACACGUCUAAAAGUUGCAGGACUUUGGCUUUAACUUUAGCUUCACUUCAGCUUCCAGAACUAAUUAUUCUGUAUUUAUGCCACAUAAAGACAACAGGAAAGGCAUCUACUGAAGGUAGUCGAUAGAUAACCUUUCAACAGAACCUGCUUUCAAAAACCUCAUACUUUCACACCUUAGUAACAUUAAAGUUCAGUUUUAAUUCUGAAACUGAAUUCAUGUUUACAUGGACCUGAUUGGCAGUUUUGAAUAUGCCAACUUAUAUACACAGCUUCAGCUCUUUCUUGUUGACUCUUUCUUAAAAAUGAAACUUGGUUGUCAUUUCGGAAGCGUAACCAAACCUUGAUUGCUCCUCUUUAUUAAAAUGAUUCAAAUUAAAUGAUGAAAACUAAGUUUGCACACUCUUAAAAACUGCUGGGCCAUUUCGCUAAUCCAGUUCUUGUGUGAGACGCCACACUCUGCUGGCAUUUUAACCACCACAUAUUGCACAACGGGACUAAUGUGUAAGGUUUUUUUUGUGUGUGUGUGCAUAGAAACCAUAAUCUUAAAUUUUAAAGGUAUUCCUUUUGCUAUCCAGUUUCCUCCAAACUGUUGACGUUGGCAACAGUUUGCCAACGUCAAACUGUUGAAUUUUUCAUGAUUCCUGCUGUAAACAUACUUUAAAACUGCAAUGGUCAGGCUGGGGGGCCUUGAGUGUUGUCACGGCGAUACAUCACCCUGACUGAUGAUGACAUUAACAUAAUACGUUAGUCUCCGACACUGAAAUAUGCUCUGUGUUUAGCUUUGAGAGGCACUGACCAUUAUGUUCACUUGGAUAUAAUAAAAUGUUUUUAUGACGCGCAAUCAAGGUCAUAACUUUCACAAUGACCCUAAACUGCUAAGAAACAUAAAUUUACUUUGAAGGUAUUUUAUUUAAGAGAAAAAAAAAAAACUACCUCUGUUAUUUUCUGCUGCUUCUGGAUUUGGCAAAGUGCAGUACAUAUCCUUAUUCUGCUUAAUCUGUUUGCUGUUGUGCAAAAAUAAAAGAUAGAUAACCCAUAAUGUCACCUGGUGUGAUACUGAAACAUGCACAGUAGUGGUGAAUAAAUUGCUUGGAAAAUGCUA